UCUCAUCAUAACCCAUCAUCACUUCUCAGAAUCAUCUCCUUUGCUCUCUACCUCUAUCUACAUCACAUCACUGUGUGUCUUUGUUUUUCAAAAGCCAACCUACACUCGCAUUAUCAUCAGAUAUCAAUGACUACAAGCGGAACCAACGCCUCUUCUUCAUCCAACACUCCUCCUCCCGACAUCGAAACUGGCGUUCUUCCUCCUAUCAACGCCCCCGAUGACGAUUUUGACGAUCCUUUCGACAUCACCACCACCAAGAAUGCGUCCACUGAGUCUCUCAGACGCUGGAGGCAAGCUGCCCUUGUGCUUAAUGCUUCACGUCGCUUCCGAUACACAUUGGACUUGAGAAAGAAUGAAGAGCAGGAAAAAAGGAGAAGGAUGAUCAGGUCACAUGCUCAAGUCAUAAGGGCUGCAUUGCUAUUCAAAUUGGCUGGAGAACAAGCAGUUGUGCUUGGGCCCACUGUGAUUCCUGCAUCUCCAAGUUGUGGUUAUGGUAUUUCACUCGAACAACUUGUUUCCAUGACCAGGGACCAUAAUCUAACUUCUCUUCAUCAAUAUGGAGGGGUCCAAGGGUUAUCUGAGAUGUUGAAAAUCAAUCUGGACAGAGGAGUACAAAGAGAUGAAGAUGAAUUAAGAAACAGGAGAAAUGCCUUUGGAUCUAAUACUUAUCCUGUGAAAAAAGGAAGAAGCUUCUUUAUGUUUCUCUGGGAAGCUUGGCAAGAUUUGACACUUAUUAUAUUGAUAGUAGCUGCUGCAGCAUCACUGGUGCUAGGAAUAAAGACAGAGGGUAUUGAAGAAGGAUGGUAUGAUGGAGGAAGCAUCACAUUUGCUGUUCUUUUGGUUAUUUUUGUGACAGCAACCAGUGAUUAUAGACAAUCCCUGCAGUUUCAGAAUCUAAAUGAGGAAAAGAGAAAUAUACAGAUAGAGAUAACUAGAGAUGGAAGAAGAGAGAAGAUUUCAAUAUAUGAUAUAGUUGUUGGUGAUGUAAUACCUCUAAAAAUAGGUGAUCAGGUCCCUGCUGAUGGUCUCCUAAUAAAAGGUCACUCACUAGCCAUUGAUGAAUCCAGCAUGACUGGGGAAAGCAAGAUUGCACACAAGGACCAAAAAACACCUUUUCUGAUGUCUGGCUGCAAGGUGGCAGAUGGUGCAGGAACCAUGAUGGUAACUGGUGUGGGCAUAAAUACAGAAUGGGGAUUGUUAAUGGCAAGCAUUUCAGAAGACACUGGUGAAGAAACUCCAUUACAGGUACGCUUGAAUGGUGUUGCAACAUUUAUAGGUAUAGUUGGGCUUGCAGUAGCAUUACUUGUACUUGGUGUCCUUUUGUUUAGGUUCUUCACUGGUAACUCAAGAAACCCUGAUGGAACUAUCCAGUUUGUCCAUGGAAAGACCAGUGUUAGUGAAGCAGUUGAUGAUGCCAUAAAAAUUUUCACUGCUGCAGUCACCAUUGUGGUUGUUGCAGUUCCUGAAGGGCUUCCAUUGGCUGUAACACUGACGUUAGCAUACUCGAUGAAGAAGAUGAUGGCAGAUAAGGCAUUGGUGCGUAGACUCUCAGCUUGUGAAACUAUGGGGUCUGCAACUACUAUCUGCAGUGAUAAAACUGGAACAUUAACACUAAAUCAGAUGACUGUAGUUGAGGCAUAUGUGGGACAAAAGAAAAUUGAUCCUCCUGAAGAUGGUUUGCAAUAUCAUUCGACUGUUUCCUCUUUGUUAAAUGAGGGAAUUGCACAGAAUACAGCUGGCAGUGUUUUCUCCUCUAAGGAUGGUGCAUGUAUAGAAGUUUCUGGAUCUCCAACAGAAAAGGCUAUCCUCCAUUGGGGUGUCAAGAUUGGGAUGAACUUUGAUGUUGUCAGAAAUCAAUCCACCCUCCUACACGUCUCUCCUUUUAACUCAAUAAAAAAACGAGGUGGCGUAGUAUUACAAGGGGGGGACUCUCAAGUUCGUAUACAUUGGAAGGGAGCAGCUGAAAUAGUGUUGGCUUCAUGUAAAGAAUAUGUUGACACAGAUGGUUCCUUGCAGUCCAUUGACAAUGAUAUGGAAUAUUUUAAAAAAGCUAUAGAGGAGAUGGCUGCAAGAAGCUUGAGGUGUGUUGCAAUUGCUUACAGAAACUAUCAUGUAGAUGGUGUUCCUGUGGAUGAAGAACAGCUAGCAGAAUGGAAUUUACCUGAAGAUGAUCUUGUUCUACUUUCUAUUGUGGGUAUAAAGGAUCCUCCUCGAGUAGGUGUAAGAAAUGCAGUAAAAUUAUGUACAGAUGCUGGUGUAAAGGUUCGGAUGGUGACUGGGGAUAAUAUUCAAACAGCAAAAGCAAUUGCCAUGGAGUGUGGAAUACUUGAUUCAGGUGAAGAUGCAACAGAGCCAAAUGUUAUUGAAGGAAAGACAUUUCGUGAGUAUUCAGAGAAAGAAAGAGAAUAUACUUCCAAGCAUAUAUCGGUGAUGGGAAGAUCUUCCCCUAGUGAUAAACUAUUACUUGUGCAAACACUUCGUAAGCUUGGGGAAGUUGUUGCUGUUACUGGAGAUGGAACAAAUGAUGCCCCUGCACUUCAUGAGGCUGAUAUAGGUCUUGCCAUGGGCAUUCAAGGAACUGAGGUUGCAAAAGAAAGCUCCGACAUCAUCAUUUUGGAUGAUAAUUUUGCUUCAGUUGUGAAGGUUGUUCGGUGGGGCCGGUCUGUUUAUGCAAAUAUUCAGAAAUUUAUCCAGUUCCAGCUUACAGUUAAUGUUGCAGCACUUGUGAUAAAUGUUGUGGCAGCAAUUUCUUCUGGAGAUGUACCUUUGAACACUGUGCAGCUUCUUUGGGUUAAUCUCAUCAUGGACACCCUUGGAGCUUUGGCAUUGGCCACUGAACCUCCAACUGAUCAUCUUAUGCAUAGAUCUCCUGUUGGCCGAAGGGAACCUCUUGUGACGAAUAUCAUGUGGAGGAACUUGAUUAUACAGGCUUUAUAUCAAGUUGCAGUUCUUCUUGUCUUCAACUUCCGUGGUCUUGCCAUUCUUAACUUAAAGAACAAUGAACAUGGAAAUGCUGUGAAGAAUACUUUGAUAUUCAAUGGAUUUGUCCUAUGUCAAAUUUUCAACGAGUUCAAUGCUCGAAAACCAGAUGAAAUGAAUGUAUUUUCUGGAGUGACUAAAAAUUAUCUUUUUAUGGGCAUAGUAGGAACAACCUUCAUUCUUCAGGUCAUGAUUAUUCAGUUCCUAGGAAAGUUCACAUCAACAGUUAGACUUAGCUUGAAUCUAUGGAUUCUCUCUAUUGGUAUUGGAAUUUUCAGUUGGCCUCUUGCAAUUGCUGGAAAACUGAUUCCAGUUCCAGAGACUCCAUUGGCAAGAGUCUUCAGCAAACCAUAUCAACACUGCAUUGCUUCUCGUAACCGCUGAAUUUCAUUCAUUUUAUUUUAAUUCAUUUCUUCAUGUAGAAACAAUUAUGUUAAAGAACACUAGGCGAUAAAUUUUAAUAUCAAGGAGAAAAAAGAAAUACAAAGGUGUGAAAACACUUGCACACACAAAAAAGUGUUUGAAUGUAACAAAAAAAAAAGAUAGUUAUAGUUACAUUACAUAAAUUGAAAACAAUCACAUUUGAA